AUGCCGAAGACUCCAGCGCAAGUCGACAGUGUCAAAUCAAACCCUUUCAUUACUAAAAGCAUAAGCAAGAGUCUUUUAACACCCUGUCGACAAGUUGGGUUAUCAAGAAAGAGGAAAACCCCUAACAGCGCUAAUAGUAGUUUCUCAGAGAGUUUUGUUAAUCCGUCAGUGUCUUCCUCUUUAGAAACAACGCCAGUAAGCGCAAAUUCUUUGGCGCCAAUAGCUGAAGAUGGAAAGGUUAUUUCUGAACAAAUUCUAAACUCAAAAGUGAAAAAGAAAGCGCGGGUUUCUAAACGUCUUAUAACAGAUGAUGAAUCAUCAGAAAAUUCAACUUCAGAUAAUGCUAACAAGAAACAGUGUCUUGUGGAUUCCAGAAAUGAGGAAACAGUUAUACUGGAAACAAAAGAUGGUGAUUUUGAUGUGGAUCAAGAGAAGUCUUCAAAGAACCAAACCACUACUAAAGUAGAAUCAAAGACAACAAAGAAUGAAAUUAAGUUGAGAAAAUCACCAAGGAAAAACAAAAAAGCAGUUAUUUCUAGUGAUGAAGAAGAUACAAACUUUGGAAAUACUAAAAGUUGUAAUAAAAGUAGUCUAAAUGUUCAACAAGGUAGCCGUGAUAUGAAUGAUUUUAAAAAUUCAGAAGAUGAUUCCAAUAUUAAGAAACAGAGUGAAAAAUCAUGUGUGGAAACAAAAGAUGGUGACCAGGAAAUGUCUUCAACGAAGCUAGUUGGUUGUAAAGUGAAAUCAAAGACAACAAAGAAUGAAAUUAAGUUGAGAAAGUCACCAAGGAAAAGCAAAAAAGCAAUAAUUUCCAGUGAUGAAGAGGAUACAUAUUAUGAGAAUAAUAAAAGUUGUAAAAGUAGUCUAAAUGUUCAAAAAGGUAGCCAUGAUAUGAAUGAUUUUAAAAAUACAGAAGAUGGUGACCAGGAAACGUCUUCAAUGAAGCAAGUUGGUUGUAAAGUAGAAUCAAAGACAACAAAGAGUGAAAUUAAGUUGAGAAAGUCACCAAGAAAAAGCAAAAAGGCAAUAAUUUCCAGUGAUGAAGAGGAUACAUAUUAUGAAAAUAAUAAAAGUUGUAAAAGUAGUCCAAAUGUUCAAAAAGGUAGCCAUGAUAUGAAUGAAUUUAAAAAUUCAGGAAAUGAUCCCAGUGUAAAGGAGAAGGAAAAGUCAUGUGUUGUGAAAGCAAGCUCGAAGUCAAAAAAACGAGAAAGUAAAGACAAACCAAAAUUAUCCCAGAGAAACAAACAGAAAAUUAUAACAAUUUUAAGUGAUGAUGAUGAUGAUGACUUUAAUAACAAAAAUAAUAAAAACAGUCACAAAAACGUGGAAGAUGUUCAUCAAAAAAGCACAUCAGAAACAAGUAGCCAGGAAAUAAAUAACUUGAAAGUAAAUGGAGACUCCAUCAAAGACAAUAUUAAACCUCAAGAAAAAGAAACUAAGGAAGAUACAGCAACGCUUCAUCCAAACCAUGAAAAGAAAGAUGAAAAUGACUCACAGAGUGUUUUUAAAGAUGUUACUAAUGAAACAGAUCUCCGGUCGCCCCCAACAGCCAUCAGUGACCACGAUUAUUUUGUUAAAUCAAAACAAAAAACUAAAAAAAUUAAACGUUCAUUGUCAAUGAAGAAGUCCACCAGUGAAGAUAAAAAUCCAAAUGAGGAUUUAGCGAUAAAGGAUUGUGUAAUAACUUUGACGCCCAUUGACAUGAAUAGCGACUCAAAAGACAAAUUUCCUUCAACUGAAGACAUACAAAAUCUUGAAAAACAAGUAAACGAAAAGCGGAAGCUUCUGGAUGAUUUAAGACAAGCGGAAAUCUACAAAAAGAAGCAUAAUUUAAAAGAACUGCAAGAAUUGACAGCCCGCUGGAAAACAGGGUGUAUUUUAGCACUGAAUGAUCUGUUGCCUCAACUGCAGCAGCACGCCGCUAUUGAUAUGGCAACACUGCUAAAAAACUUACACAUACCACCUGAAAUGGUCACACUUUCACAAGAUGGAAACUUAAUUUAG